UCGCGCUACCGCGCUCUGCGAAACGAGGUGGAGGCAGCAGAACAGAAGUGCUACGUCCUGGCUGUCGAUCAUACUCGAUUUACCGGCAGUAAUGCAGUGACAGACAGACAAAAACUUAAUGUCAAACAAAUGGUGUCUAAAUAGAAUAUGGCGCCGUCGGGCUCGCGUAGUAUCAAACGGAGCUGUCAGACAGUUUUGUAUUGGAUUCCAGUUAUUUUUAUCACCCUCAUAGUGGCUUGGUCCUACUACGCGUAUGUUGUACAGCUCUGCAUAGAAUCCAUCGACAACAUUGGACAGAAGAUUGUUUAUCUGCUGGCCUAUCAUGUUGUCUUCAUCUUGUUUACCUGGGCCUACUGGCAGACCAUCUUCACCAAGCCCAUGAACCCCCUGAAAGAGUUCCACCUGUCCUACUCAGACAAGGAGCUGUUGGAGCGUGAGGACCGUGGAGAGUCUCAGCAGGAGAUUCUUAGAAGGAUAGCCAAGGAUUUACCCAUCUACACCCGCACCAUGUCUGGAGCUAUCCGUUUCUGUGAUCGCUGCCAGCUGGUCAAGCCUGAUCGAUGUCACCAUUGCUCAGUCUGUGAUAAAUGCAUCCUAAAGAUGGAUCACCAUUGCCCCUGGGUGAAUAACUGUGUGGGCUUCUCCAACUAUAAGUUUUUCAUGCUGUUCUUGGCAUACUCCUUAUUAUAUUGCCUUUUCAUCACUGCUACAGAUCUACAGUACUUCAUUAAAUUCUGGACCGCUGAAGGUAGAACACACGACCGUCUCUUAGAAUACCUGAAUGGUCUGCCUGACACCCAGGCUAAGUUCCACAUCAUGUUCCUUUUCUUCGCUGCUUCCAUGUUCUCUGUCAGUCUGGCCUCACUGUUCGUCUACCACUGCUGGCUAGUCUGCAAGAACAGAUCCACUCUGGAGGCGGUCCGCGCCCCAGCGUUCCGUCAUGGGGCUGAUAAGAAUGGCUUCAGUCUGGGCCUCAGUAAGAACUUCCGCCAGGUCUUCGGUGAUGAAAUUAGGUACUGGCUAUUUCCCGUGUACUCCAGUCUGGGUGAUGGGUGCUCCUUCCCAACCUGUCUGGUGAACCAGGAUCCUGAGCAGCCCACCUCUCCUGGACACAACCCCCCUCCCAACAAGACUGUUGUUGGAGAGAGCCACCAGUUCCCAGCCAAACCGCUGAGGGAGUCCCAAAGUCGACUGCUGAACAGCGCCCUCUCCUGGACAGAGAACGGGGGAGCAGCGGACAAAGAGAGACUGGGCACAAGUAACCCAGCAAUGGCCGUAGAGAAUGAAACAUAACCACGGUGAGGAAUGACGACUUGUAUGUGGAAUCAUAGGUCUAUGGUGAUCCCAGUGUUCAGCGUGCCUAUGACAAUGUGCAGUUGGGAUAACAUUACCAUAACCUGUCAUCUUUCUUACCAUAACACACUGCUGUAGUUAAUUGCUGCAUAGAAGGGCUUAGUUUAAUGUUGUUUUUGCUCUCACCAGUAUCAUUGGAAAUAGACGUAACAUCAUUGUUAUUGUUGUUUCAAGAGAAAUAAUUUAACAUGGUGAAAACUGGUUUCCUGAAGGCGGAAUAUUGAGUGUGAGAUCAAGUUGUGGCCUCACGACUGGAAGAUUGAAGUUGCAUUCCAAUUACUUGGCGUGUUUUUACAAGUUUGGAUCUGAAAAACAGAAGAAUAGAAUGUGUUUUAUUUGCACUUUGUAUAACAGGUGGUCGGUCUAAGAAGCUGCAUUUGUAUGUGUUCAGUACAUCUAUUUUCUUUUAGUAAAGGACUCUUGAAGUAUUGUUGUAUGAUUUGAUUAUCUUGGACUUCAUCUCCAAAUUAAUGUAGUCUAUUUUUACUUCAGUGUAAUGUCUAAACUGGAAUGACUAACUUGCAUAGGUGAUUAUUGACAGAAACAGUUUAAAUAUUCCAUUUGAAUGUAAUUUUAGAAUUUGCCAAAACUUAACCCUAACCUAACAUGCAAAAGAUAUAUGAUAAUAGUGAAUGUUGAUUCUAUGAUUGUAUAGACCUCUUUUAAGAGUAAAAGCUGCUUUCUGUGUGUGAUACUUGGACAAGAUAUGCAGUGUUAGGCUUUUUAUGGCACUGAACAUGAAAGAGGUAUUGCAGAGAUGAUCAACACAUUUACCACCUGUUGUGAUAAAAAAGAAAAAUCCUUGAAUUAACUGAUGCAUGCUUCAUACUCAGGAUGUUAACAAAACAUAAGAAAGUAAAUAGUUGAGUUUC